GCAGCUGCACUGCAGGCUGCAGCARCUGCUGYCUUUCGCAGUUUCGCUGGACUGCARCUGGAACGUUGUAUCACAGAAUAAUAUAUGAAAUAUUCUGUGGUUGUAUGCUUGUAUCGUUGUUGUCGUCAUCCCCUUUGCGGCUGAUAACGGUUAUCUUAGUCCGCGGUAUUAUCACAUGAAACCUAGACCCAUUAAUCUCGUUGAUGGGCCGAUCGCCGAUAGUGAAAUGGUCUAACAACGAAUUCUAUUCGCCAGUGGCCAGUUGCUUUUUAAUUUUUUACGAGUCGCACUCAGUUGCAGUGUCUGAUACUCUGAUAUAGUGAUAUUGCACAGCUUUUGUAACUUCAUCUUCAUCGAUAUUUGAAUUGAGUUUGAGGAUUGUGUUUUGUGACUUGUGUAGCCACUAGCUUGUAACUAACUUGAUCUCAUAAUAAUAUAGAACCCUCUUCGACAGUAUCCAAUCGCUAUGCAAAAUUGGUUGGAAUUCCAAGCGGUCGUCAUGGCUGCCGGCAAAGGAUCCCGAAUACCCGAGAUGACGGCCACAAAACCAAAGUGUCUGUUGCCAGUCGGCAAUAAACCAAUGAUAUACUAUCCGCUUAAGCUGCUUGAGAAUGCUGGAUUCAGAGAUACAAAAAUAAUAGUAGCAGAUAACUAUGCUAGUGAUAUACAAGAAGAAGUAGAUAAUCUUGGUUUCGAAAUGAAUUUGAGUUUUGUUCCAAUUCCAUCUGAUGAAGAUUGGGGUACAGCUGAUUCUCUUCGACAUAUCUCUGAUUAUAUCUUAACUGAUGUCAUCAUUCUUAGUUGUGAUUUAAUAACUGAUGUUGAUUUACACAAAGUUUUAGAUAUCUACAGAAAUAAUAAUGCAUCUUUAGUAUCUUUGUAUUUUUCACCAUCACAGGAUGAAAAAUGUAUUUUUACUGUACCUGGACUUAAAUCAAAGAAUAAGUUUGAAAAAGAUAUUAUUGGAUAUGAUUCAAAAACAUCUAGACUAUUGUUAAUGGCUUCAGCAUCAGAUUUUGAAGAAACUAUGCCAAUCAGUAGUUCAUUACUAAAUAAAUGUUCAAAUCUAACUCUUUGCUCAAAAUUAUUAGAUUCUCAUAUGUACAUUAUGAAACGUUGGCUGGUUAAUUAUCUUUUAAAAGAUGUUAAUAUUUCAACUCUUAAAGGAGAACUACUUCCGUUUGUAGUGAAAAAACAACUAUCGAAACAUUGUAAAAAUAUUGAACCGAAUGAAAAGAGUAUUGAAGAUGAAGAAAAUGAAAAACCUGAUAUAUUUAACAUAUCAAAAGAAUCUGAUAUUGAAGCUAAUAUUCGUUCCAUGUCCAGUUUUGGUAAUUUAUCAAACUUUGAAGAAAUUAUUAAAUGUUAUGCUUGUGUGAUUGAUUCACAUAUUGGAGUACGUGCAAACACAUUGUAUGACUAUUGCAGAAUCAAUAAAACUAUUCACAAGUUAAACAUAAAUUUAGGAGAUGAAAAAGAUAAAAUUUCACCAGAAGCUGAAAUCUUAUCAAAUCAGUUUGAUAAGGAUACUUGUUUUGUUGGGCCUAAUACUAAAAUAAUGGAGAAAACGUCCAUUAAAAGUAGCACUAUCGGUUCUAGAUGUACAAUUAAUCCAAAAACUAGAAUAACUGAUUGUAUUUUAAUGAAUGGUGUUACCAUUGAAGAGAGAUGUGUACUUCAAAAUUGUAUUGUAUGUCACGAUGCUGUAAUCAGUGCUGGCUGUGAACUUAAAGACUGUUUGAUAAGCGGUAAUUUUAAGGUCCCAUCUGGAGGAAAACAUUAUAAUGAAGUACUCACUGCUAUGGACAGGCUGAUGGAAAUUUGAAAAUACAUGGAGUAAUCAAUAAUUUGAAAGAAGUUAAAAUUUAAAGCUGGUUUUCCUGUAUACAUUUGCUGAGUUAUAUCUUUGUUAGACAAAGUCUGAAACAUUAUAGAUAUUUAUGAGUUUGACAUACUCUUAAUCUCUAUUUUAUGAUAUUAUAAAUGUUUCUUUG